AGUUUCCUUUUAGUGGCGUAACCAUGAAUUGUAAAAUUUGGCUUCAAGAGCAAAGAAGAUAAAUACGGCGCCUACAGCUGUAACCCUGCUCAGUCACAAUCAAAUAGUUAACAACGAAAAACCGUCACCGAGACCGAGAUGAGACUGAUUCGAGGAGUUUCGACGUUUUACGAUCCGACGCGUAAAAUAUGGAGCGACCUCCGGAUGUUGGAUCGCAACUCGGACAAAGUGCUUCAAAUCAGUGCCGAUGAUGAUGGUCGGGAAGUCACCGGAUCCGAGUUACUUCUCCGAACGAUUCGCAUUGCGCAAAACUUGCUCCGGAAGGAACUCGUUGACUGUGCUGAUAAGAAUUGUCUUGUGGCGAUGGCCGUCCGCAACGGAGAACACACGGCUCCGGUGUUGUUUGCCUGUUUUGCCUUGGGAAUUCCGGUGAAUACUUUGGAUCCGUCCUUUCAAAGGGAUGACUUCGCGCACAUGUUGGAGACUGUUCGUCCGAAAUUGAUAUUUUGUGAUGCCGAAACCUUGGAAGAAAUGCGUGCCGCUUGUGAACUGGCGAAAAUUGCCCCCAAGAUAGUUGUGAUGGGUGAAAAGGUUUCGGGAUUUGAUCACGUAGAGGAUUUACUGCUCGCAACCGAGGACGAGGAGAACUUCGUACCGGUUCAUUUCGAAGAUCCUGCGAAACAACUAGCAAUACUCGUGUGCUCUUCCGGAACAACCGGCCGGUCCAAGGCAGUCGGUUUGUCCCACGCGAUCUGCAUCGCUCAUGUUGUGAACUUUUUGGAGUGUAGACCCUCGGAUAGGUUGUUUGCAUUUAGUUCCCUCUACUGGCUGUCGGGGCUGGUCGUACUUCUAAUGGGCUCGAUUUGGGGAGCAACUCGGAUCAUAACCCGGCGUGGAUUUUCCUCGGCUCUUGCAAUAGAAAUCGUUGAGCGCUUCCAAGUUACUGUCGCACUAUAUCCACCUUCUCAGGUGAAUGCGAUCAUCGCGGAUCCAACGGCAAACUCCGAGAGCUUCGACAGUAUGCGACUAGCUUUCAGCGGAGGUGGAGCGGUUUCCACAACGUUGAAGCGACAGCUGGACAAGCUACUUCCGGGCAGGUCGUCGGAGAUUGCGUAUGGAUUUUCGGAAAUUGGCUUUUCGGUUGCAUUCACGAUCAAUUCACCACCCCGGAAGAAUGUAGCAGAAAUUUACCGGGAAGGUGCAGUUGGAUUUCUGCAGGCUGGAACGGAAGUGAAGAUCGUGGACGACCAUGGGAAAUUGCUUGGGAUCGAUCAGGAAGGAGAGAUUCUGGUGAAAGCGAGGUAUGCCUUUUUGGGAUACUAUGGGAAUGAUGAGGCCACCGGUAUAAUGAUGGACUCGGAAGGAUGGUUGCAUAGCGGAGAUAUCGGUCGAUUCGACAAAGACGGUCUGCUGUACAUCGUCGACCGGAAGAAGGACAUAAUAAAGUACGGAAAUUAUCAAGUCUCGCCGAGUGAGAUCGAAAAUGUCGUACUGAGUGUUCCCGGAGUGGUCAGCGUCUGCGUAGUAGGGAUUCCUGUUGAAGGCAAUGAUCUAGCCGCUGCGCUGGUUGUUCCAACUGAUAGCAACUGUUCGUCGGAUGAAGUCCUGAGAGCGGUAGAACAGAAGCUGCCCAGCUACAAACACUUAAGGGGAGGAGUCUACUUCACGGACAAAUUGCCUAUGACAUCAUCUGGGAAAAUUUUGAGGCGAGAAGCAAAAAAUGUUGUCUUGCAACUGAGAAAUAAUUAGGAAGCAAAGGUUUCGAAAUAAAAAAGGCGGGUGGGUAAUGUCAGAGACAUAACUGGAUGUCGUGAAUACGAAAAAAUUUACUCCCAUCACUUUUUCGAAUAUCAGUUAGUUGAUUGAUUGUAUGAAUUGUGCAAGCUUUCCCCUUUUUUCACAAAUAGAGUUUGAAGCGAUUUACCUACAUUAAAGUACAGAUUAGUUACAUUAAACAGCUACUAUUCUACAACUAUAUAUUCCAAACUUGAAACAAUUCCUUUUUAAUUUGCUAAUACAGGAGGCGAGGUACGACAAAUUUGUAGUUUAUUUUUAUUGAAGCUAUGAAGUUCGAAGAUAUCUGAUUCUUCUCGAAAUUUCAGUACGAGACAAUUGCAAUGUUCUACGGUAUGCAAGAGUAAUUUUAAUAAUAACAAUGA